ACCUCCACACGGUUCAUCGCCAGAAAGGAGCAACGCCUCUCCCCCAAAUUCAGGAGCUAGCUUAGCCAUCGAUCGACAAGCAAGCGUGCUAGUGCCACACGCUUACGCUUUGUUGGUUCUUGCUCGAUCGUCGUCGUCGGCCGAUCGAUCGACCAUGGUGGUGUGGAGGGAGAGCUACCUGGACCUCAUCCUGAUCCCGCUGGGGCUGCUCCUCCCGGCGCUGUACCACGCCUGGCUGUGGCGGGCCGUGCGGCGCCGCCCGCUCACCACGGCCUUCGGGGUCUACUCGGCGGCACGCAGGCUGUGGGCGGCCGGCAUGAUGCGAGACAACGACGACAAGAAGGGGGUGCUGGUGGUGCAGUCCAUCCGGAACGUCAUCAUGGGGUCCACGCUCAUGGCCACCACCUCGGUGCUCUUCUGCACCGGCAUCGCCGCCGUGCUCAGCAGCACCUACUCCGUCAAGAAGCCGCUGAGCGACGCCGUGUUCGGCGCGCACGGGGAGUACAUGAUGGCGCUCAAGUACGUGGCGCUGCUGCUCGUCUUCCUCUUCUCCUUCCUCUGCCACACCCUCACCAUCUGCUUCCUCAACCAAGCCAGCUUCCUCAUCAACACCUCCUGCCUCCCCCUCCCCGACGCCGGUAAGGACGACGACGGCGCCCGCCUGGUCGGCCUGCAGCUGCCGGCCGGCGCCGUGGGCGACUACGUGGGCGAGAUCCUCGAGAGGAGCUUCACGCUCAACUUCGUGGGCAACAGGCUCUUCUACGCCGGGGUGCCCCUCCUGCUCUGGAUCUUCGGCCCGCUGCUCGCCUUCCUCUCCGCCCUGGUCAUGAUCCCCAUACUCUACAACCUCGACAUGGUGCACGUCGCCGCCGACAGAGGAACGAAGGAGCACAGCAGCGGCUGCGUCAACGGCAAGGCGAAGGGGAAUGGCUGCAUGCAAGUCUGAUCGAUCGGUGAACCACCGAAGAAGCGUGAAGUGCAGUCCAGUCAGUUAGAGUAAGCCGAAGGCGUUUCGAUCUUUACAUGUCGAACGACGCUGCCGUACAAGAUCAGAGACUAGCUUGACGGGACACAAGAUCUAGCCUGACCGAAGCUUCUCGCCGGGCCGAGGACACGGCGAGAAUAUCUUCUUUUUUCACGAGAAACUUUCAAUCUAUUUAUUAUCAAUCAGAACAGUAUAAAGAAUAACAUAGAUAAUAAAAACUA